CUAUCUGGACUAUCAUCACCAUGCAGAAGAGUCUCAGUGCACUUGCAGUGACCCCCACUGAGGAGAACAAAGACCUCUUGGGGGUGCACUCGGCCGGCAGCACUCUGGGGGUGCACCCAGCCGGCAGCACUCUGGGGGGGGAACUGCGCAGGAGCCGCAGACGCCACUCGGGGACCCUGCAGCUGCCCCCGUUGUCAUGGAGACUUGCCGAGAGGGCUCGCACCCCAGACGAGGGCCCUGUGUCCAGGCCUUCCUCUUUGGUCUUCCCCAUUCCCCCGCUCAUCAACAUCACGCCAGUGCCCAACGAGGGUUUUGACUUAGAGAAUGGGGCCUCAGCCAGCGGCAGCCCUCUGGAUCCCCAGAUGUCCCCCGGCUCUGGCCUGGUGCUGCACCCCAACAUGGCCAACCACGGGCAGCGCCGCGAGUCCUUCCUGUACCGCUCCGACAGUGACUAUGACCUCUCGCCCAAGUCCAUGUCCCGCAACUCCUCCAUCGUGGGCGAGCUUCAUGGGGAGGACCUGAUUGUCACACCAUUUGCUCAGGUACUCGCCAGUCUUCGCACUGUAAGGAAUAAUGUCACCAUCUUGACGAACGUCCCAUCGAAUAAGAGGUCUCCAGUCAGUAGUCAGCCUACUGCAACAAAAUGCUGUCCUUCAGACGAGUCCUACCAGAGGCUGGCCGUGGAGACCAUGGAGGAGCUGGACUGGUGUCUGGACCAACUGGAGACCAUCCAGACGUACCGCUCGGUCAGCGACAUGGCCUCCAACAAGUUCAAGAGGAUGUUGAACCGGGAACUCACUCAUCUGUCCGAGAUGAGCCGCUCUGGCAACCAGGUGUCUGAAUACAUCUCCAACACCUUCUUAGACAAGCAGAAUGAGCUGGAGCUUCCCUUGCCCCCGUCCAAGGCCCGCGAGAGGAAGAGGAGGCACAAGCAGCAGCAGCAGCAGCAGCAGCUCAUGAUGAGUCACAUCAGCGGCGUGAGGAAGGUCACCCACGGGCCCAGCAUCACGGGAGGAUGCAGUGUGGCCCGAUUCGGGGUCAAGACCGACAUGGAAGACCUGCUCUCGAAGGACCUUGAGGACAUCAACAAGUGGGGUCUCAACAUUUUCAGGAUAGCUGAGCAUUCCAAUCGGCGGCCUCUUACCUGUGUCAUGUAUGCCAUAUUUCAGGAGAGAGAUCUGAUGAAGACAUUUAAGAUCCCCAUGGAUACCUUUGUGACCUACAUGAUGACCCUGGAGGACCACUACCACGCAGACGUGGCGUACCAUAACAGCCUCCACGCAGCUGACGUGGCCCAGUCCACACACAUCCUCCUCUCCACUCCGGCUCUGGACGCAGUUUUCACUGAUCUGGAGAUUCUUGCUGCCAUCUUUGCGGCUGCAAUCCAUGAUGUGGACCACCCUGGCGUCUCAAACCAGUUUUUGAUUAAUACUAACUCUGAAUUGGCUCUCAUGUACAACGAUGAGUCCGUGCUGGAGAACCAUCACUUAGCAGUUGGCUUCAAGCUGCUACAGGGGGAGAACUGUGACAUCUUCCAGAACCUCUCCAAGAAACAGCGGCAGAGUCUCAGGAGGAUGGUCAUUGACAUGGUGCUGGCCACAGAUAUGUCAAAGCAUAUGAGCUUACUGGCAGACCUGAAGACCAUGGUGGAGACAAAGAAAGUGACAAGCUCAGGAGUACUGCUGCUCGACAACUACACAGAUAGGAUACAGGUCUUGCGUAACAUGGUGCACUGUGCUGACCUCAGCAAUCCCACCAAGCCCCUGGACGUGUACCGCCAGUGGACUGACCGCAUCAUGGAGGAGUUCUUCCACCAGGGAGACCGCGAGAGGGAGCGAGGCAUGGAGAUCAGCCCCAUGUGCGACAAGCACACAGCCUCAGUGGAGAAGUCCCAGGUGGGUUUCAUCGACUACAUCGUGCACCCGCUGUGGGAGACGUGGGCCGACCUGGUGCACCCGGACGCCCAGGACAUCCUGGACACGCUGGAGGAGAACAGGAACUGGUACCAGAGCAUGAUCCCGCAGAGCCCCUCGCCGCCGUUCUGCGACGACGGGACGUGCGGGGGGGCCAACAAGUUCACGUUCGAGCUGACCUUACACGGGGACAGGGAAGACGUCGGGGAACAGCACGGCCUACACCAACACCAACACGGCGGCCACACGCCUCCGUCUUGCGUGGAGAUCGUUACGCAAGCGCCGUCGCCCGUGGACACGUAGUACCCGCCGCCGUCGACCGCCCACUUGUGAGCGCGGUCGCGGAGUCGAGCAAAUUUUUCAUUUCUUCAAAAGGGGAAGCAAGGGAAACUAGAUCUCUUGGUCUCUCGGCCUUCAGAGGAAGCCUUUGAGUACCUGAGGACUGCGCGGCCAUAUGGGCCAGGUGGCCAUGGAGGCGGAACCGCACUUGUUUUCUGCCUCUCGCAGAGACGGGGAUUUCCCACGCUGCCAAAAAAGCAGGUUUGGCGGUUUGGCGACGCAAGGGUUAAGGAAGUGAGGCCUGAUGAAGCGAACUCUACUGGGACGAUACGAUUGACUGACUGGUUGAUGAAGUAACCAGCUGGUAUUCUGUGUUCGGACUACGCAACUACUGAGUCGUGGGAUUUUGCAUUGGACAAGUUUACCUUUUGUAACUAAAGACCGAAGAACUCUUUCUCUACAAAUGCCACAUUUUUAAAUAUUUUUUUUUUUCAUGUAAUUUAUUUUGAAUUGUGACUCCUAUUUAAUGAGUCUUUUUUUAAAAGAAGUUAUCUUGGUACUGAGAGCAGUUGUCUUCCAGGGUUUUGUACAAAUGUUCAUAAAUAGUUAUUUCUUUUUUUAAUAGUUUAAAAGACAAAACAUAAUUUGCCACUUCACUCGUGUGCACAGCACACAAUAGGAAAUCAAGCUUUUCUUAAAAAGGAACUUUUGAGCGGGUUAAUUCACUGCAACAAAGUUGUAUCCGAAGUGUACAAUAUAAUUUUGCGUUUCAGAUGGAAAGCUUUCUUGUUACAACAUCACCAGUUGUUACCCCAGAAAGGCCAGUGUUCGUUUGGUUGCCAAGUGGAAUGCUGUUUAUAUACUGGGGUUACAUGUGUGGCAACCCAGCACCCGAAGGCUCACGGAUAAAGCACUUUAGAAGUGGCAUUCAAACCACUUUGAGAGAAACUUAAUAGCAUCUAAAUUAGAUGUAAUGACUCAAUGUAAUACAUACAAUGAUUUUGAAAUGGUUCUCGAUUAGAUAAGAAGUCUCUUAACAUUGGAGACCUUGUACACUGUCAAUAGUGACACGUAAGUCAUAAGUGGUUUGACCUAAGGGUCACAUAUGAGAACAAAGGAGUUCUUUUGGGAAUUGUAAAAUAUUUUUUUUAUGAAAGACAGCCUCAUUGCAAUACCUAACAUCAGGGUGGUUUACCUACAGCCCUAUGCUAGGAUUAUGAAUCUCAGUCACCACUCAUCAUUUAUGAACAACAUAGACCUUCAAUCAUGUACGUAACUUCCGGUCUUUCAGCAUUAAAGUGUAUGCUGUAUCUGUAAUAAUACUUUGACAUUGUGUAUGCUGCUAUCCUAAGCUUUCGUGUCCCACCUCAUCUUUGAGAAUAUGUACAGUUUGUGCACAAUAGUGCUCACGAUAUUUGUAAUAAUUGGGGGCCUUUCAUAUCCAUUUAUGAACGACCCACUGUAAUUGUCUAACUCCAACUACAGAAUGCACUACUGUGGACAUUAUGAAUGGAGAAUUAUGGGAAUUUUCUUUUUUAAGGUCCUUUGUCAGUUUUUUUUUAUUUUGUUCAUGUUGAAACUUGGAGCAUUUUAUAUAUAAUUCAUGGACUAUGGUAGACAAAAAAACAUUCAAGCACAAGGAAAGAGCAUUUAACCUGAGGAAAUGAUUUUAGGUAGUUUCCUUAAAUGUUUCUAAACCUCUGUAUAAGAUUGUGGUCAAGAUUUGAGUAAGCCCUCAUCAUCCUCUGAACCAUACACAUGUUUUUUUCAUGACCAGCCAUCAUAUGCAAAACCAUUCAUGAAGCUCUGCACUAUCCAGUCAAUUUGUUAAAAACAAAAUGUUUCCGACUUUCCAAUAAAUGUAUGGAUAUAUACAA